AUGGAAUCAGAGCAGGUCGACCCUCACGGGUCGAUCCUGUGGAUGGGCCCACCCAAUACUUCCGCUGCUGCUACUCUAUCUAUCGCGCGCCUCGGGCGCGCACUGCCUGCCUGCCUGCCGCGCGCCCAUGGCGCGCGGCCAUUUUUCUUCCCGCCGCGCGCUCGAGGCGCGCGGCGGUUUUCUGACCGUCGUGCCGCCCUGUGGGCCGCGCGACGCCCUACUCUGCCCGUCGUGCGCCCCGUGGCGCGCGACGGUGCCCUGCCCGUCGCGCGCCUCGGGGCGCACGGCGGUUUCGUCGCCCCGGGGGGCUCGUGCGCGGCCCCCUCGUCGCCCGUCGUGGCGCCAUUGGGGGCCCGCGCGGCCCCCCCUUCCGUCGCCGGAGUGGCGCCCUUGGGGGCCCGCGCGGGCGACAGAAGGGGGCCACGCGUCGGCCCCUCCCGUCUUCGUCGCGGCCCUGCCCGGCCCUGCUUUGCCCGGCCCUCGGGUUUCAUGGACGGGCUGGCGAGCAAGGGCGGCGCAAUAAUGGACCGCCUUAAGGCGCACGCCGCCCGACUACUCCCCGCGCACCACCUCCCCUCCCCGUCCCCCUCUCCUUCUUUGUCGCUCGCCCGCUUGCCCCUCGCCUCGCUCUCCCUCCCCCUCGCCCCGCCCCCGCACAACGACUCUCCUGCUCCGCCGUCCCCGCAGCAGUGGCGCCCGCCGCACCUCCGCGGAAUGGCACACAGACGCCGCGGCGGCGGGCCCCCAGGCAACACCCCCCCCGCGCGGACAGUAGACAGCCGCGGAACCGCACCCGGCGGAACCGUCGGCGGCGGCGGAGGCAGGGGAAAGCCCGAAGAGGAGCGUGUGCUGAUCAGCGAGAUCGUGAUUCGCGACAAGGAUGGCGGCGAGGUGGAGGAUGAGGAGCUGCCGCGCGUGGUGGUGGGCGCGCUCAAGGUGUCCAAGGCCAACGCGGCGCUCACCAAGCGCGAGGUGCAGGAGGACGUGCACCGCAUCAUUGAUACCGGGAAGGCCCCCGCGGGCCUCCGAGUCGCCUCCCCGUCGCGUCCCUUCCUCGUCGCCUCCCCGUCGCGUCCCUUCCUCGUCGCCUCCCCGUCGCGUCCCUUCCCCGUCGCCUCCCCGUCGCCUCCCCGUCGCAUUCCCUCUCUGCCGCCUCCCCGUGGCGUCCCCUCUUCGUCGCCUCCCAUUCCCCUACCCGUCGCGUCCCCUCCCCGCCGCCUCCCCUUCCCCUACCCGUCACGUCCCCUCCCCGCCGCCUCCCCUUCCCCUACCCGUCGCGUCCCCUCCCUGCCGCCCUCCAAUCCGCCAGCUUCGUACGCCAGCCCCGGCGCGCCCCCGUUCGCCAGCCCCGUUGCGUCCCCGUCCGCCAGCCCCGUCCGCCAGCCCCGUCGUGUCCCCUCCCUGUACGACCUACAGUCCGCCUGCUUCGGCUGCUACCAGCCCUCCAGGACUGCCCAGGACUGUCUUGAACCGCCCAGGACCGUCCAGGACCGCCCAGAACCGUCCAGAACCGCACUGGACCGCCCAGGACCGCCUAGAAUCGCCUAG